GGGGCAUGGUGCUGCGCUGGGUGCCGGCGGGUUGAGUCUGCUCCGAGCUGCAGCAGCCCAGGCGCGCCGCGAUCCCGACCACGUUAUACCAAGCAAGCAACCGCCCCCGCCAUGGCUCACUUAACCAGUGUCAAUGGAGAGCUCCCCAGUGCUGAACUCUGGGUGUCCCAUAACAAGAUGGUCAUGGAGCCGCUUGAUACCAGUGACCUGGAGGUGUACAACCUCAUCAAGAAAGAGAAGCGGCGCCAAAGGCUUGGGUUGGAGCUGAUUGCAUCCGAGAACUUUGCAAGCCGAGCGGUUCUGGAGGCUCUGGGCUCCUGCAUGAACAAUAAAUACUCGGAGGGGUACCCGGGACAGAGGUACUAUGGCGGGACGGAGUUUGUGGAUGAGCUGGAGAUCCUCUGCCAGAAGAGAGCUCUGGAGGCGUACGGGCUGGACCCACAGAAAUGGGGGGUCAAUGUCCAGCCAUACUCAGGCUCCCCCGCUAACUUUGCGGUGUACACGGCCCUGGUGGAGCCCCAUGGCAGGAUCAUGGGUCUGGACUUGCCUGACGGGGGGCACUUGACACACGGCUUCAUGACAGACAAGAAGAAAAUCUCGGCUACCUCGAUCUUCUUUGAAUCCAUGCCCUACAAGGUCAAUCCCACCACUGGCUAUAUCGACUAUGACCGGCUGGAGGAGAAUGCCCGCUUGUUCCACCCAAAGUUGAUCAUAGCAGGCGUCAGCUGUUACUCGCGUAACCUGGACUACGCCCGCAUGCGGAAGAUUGCGGACGAGAACGGGGCUUACCUCCUGGCUGACAUGGCCCACAUCAGUGGUUUGGUGGCAGCCGGUGUGGUGCCGUCACCCUUUGAACACUGUGAAGUUGUGUCAACCACGACGCACAAGACGCUGAGAGGCUGCCGGGCCGGCAUGAUUUUCUAUCGGAAAGGAGCUCGCAGUGUGGAUCCCAAGACUGGCAAGGAGAUUCCAUACAACCUAGAAAGCCUCAUCAACCAGGCCGUCUUCCCAGGGCUUCAGGGAGGGCCUCACAACCAUGCCAUUGCAGGAAUCGCUGUCACUUUGAAGCAAGCCAUGACCCCGGAAUUCAAAGCCUAUCAACGGCAGGUUGUCGCAAACUGCCAGGCACUGUCUGCUGCUAUGAUCGCACUGGGCUACCAUGUCGUCACUGGUGGCUCUGACAACCACUUGAUCCUCGUGGACCUGCGCAACAAAGGGACGGAUGGCGGGAGAGCCGAACGGGUGCUGGAAGUCUGUUCCAUUGCCUGUAACAAGAACACCUGUCCUGGUGACAAGAGUGCCUUGCGCCCAAGCGGCCUGAGGCUUGGGACACCAGCUUUGACCUCCAGGGGAUUCCGGGAAGGGGACUUCCAAAAAGUAGCUCAUUUCAUCCACAAAGGGAUAGAGCUGACGCUGAGGAUUCAGAACGACAUGAGCCCCAAAGCGACGCUGAAGGAAUUCAAGGAGAGGCUGGUGAGCGAUGAGAAGUACCAGGCAGCUCUCAAGUCUCUCAAAGAGGAGGUGGAGACCUUUGCUGCUGCCUUCCCGCUCCCUGGCCUGCCUGUCCUUUAAAACAAGGCAGCAGCUGCACCCAAUCCAGAGCUACCAGAGAGCUUUGGGGAAGCAAACAGGGAUUGCGGUGCAUUCACACCCACUAGGAAAGCCUCUGUUGCCAUCUGACAAGCAAAGAGACCCGAGAGAAAUGUGUCAUUCUCCCCCCCACACUUCUGUUAACCUCCUCUCUUCUCCUCUUUGUGAUUUGUUCCCACAAGGCAGGUGGCUUUUUAAAAGUUAAUUUUUUUACCCGCCUCUCCCCCUAGGCUACCCCUGUAGGACACUGCCCCAAGCUUGUGGGCACUACCAAGGGGCUGGUAAGCCUCCGUUUAGGAAACGGUUUCUUUUCUAGUAACUGAAUGGUGCAGCACUUAAUUCUUUUUAAAGGAUUGAAAUUGGCACCUGAUCUUUAAUACAUCAACUGCUCUUUUAAUGAGGACAAACAGGGUAGCUCUGAAGUCCAAUUACUGACAGAUCUGCAAAGGUGCUGAUGUGCCCCCCCUCACACACACACACUGGGGUUAAGGGGGGCUGCAGAUGCUCAACUUAUAGCUAGCAUAUUUCCAAACUACUGAUUAAUGGAAUGCAUGAACAGGCCUUGCUCUGAGCCAGGGAUCUAGGUCAUAUUUUAAAGAGAUUCUCAGCAAUAUAAGCUGUUAUAUUCAGAUUUCCCAUGGGAGCCACUUAACAUACAGUCACAUUUUGUAUUUAAAGGUUGCAGUAGGAAAGCAUCAGACUUUACUACCUUAAUACAUGUCUUGCUAGUUUCAGAAUAGCGAAUUCACAAUCCCACUCUCCAUGGGAGAGGAACUCUGACAAGAAGGUUUCCAUUGUAAUUGUGAUUGGCAAACAUACUAGUCCAGAUGCAAUUUUGCAAGACUGAGCUACUGAAAAACAGAUUUCUGGUGCUUUUCUAACUCCAAAGCACACACCACAGACUUCCCCUAUUAAUCUACGUUCCGAAUGAGGUCAGUAUUUCAAGCCAGCACGUCCAGACAGUUUUUCAGACAUCUGAGCCCAAAGCUUAGUUAGGACCAUUUUUUAAUAAGCACAGUCAAAUUAGAAUUUAACCACAAUGUAUGACAAGAAUAAGCUUUAAAAAAUACAACCAACUUUUUUUGUAUUUCAAAAAUAUCUGAACCCAAAUAAAUAAUUCUUUUAAAAGUACAUUUGUCCUAUGAUUCAUUUGGUGUUAACACCUACAUCACCACACAUUAGAACAUGCGGCUUGGAUUUCUUCCAGGUGACACUCCGUCUAACUACUGAUGCAGGUGCUCAGUACCCAGGUACAGACAAGGAACUUGACAUGCAGUAAUAAGAUAUGGUGCUUUAAAAUGAGACGAGAAUUCAUCACAGCCUACUCAUGGCCCUCAAAGGCAGUUCUUAGCCCAGCCCCGCUGGUGAGCUAGAUACCCUGUGCUUCUGCCUUCCAGUGAAAAUGCAUCUCUCAGCAACCAGCACGUAGUAGGGUUAUGAUUUCUCAAGCUAUGGUAGCAGGUUCUAGGCUCUCACUUUAAAAUGUCUUGGUGGUCCAGUCUUGUCUGUCACUGGCUGGCUACGGAUACGUCUACACUUAACACCCUACAGUGCCAAAGCUGUAGUGCUUCAGUGUAGACACUACUCCAGUGGGAGGGGUUCUCCCAUUGCUGGAGCUAAUCCACCUCCUGGAGAGGCAGGAGCUAGGUCGACGGAGUGAAGAAUUCUUCCAGCGACCAAGUAAUUUUUCACACCCGAGACGAAGUUAUGCCGACGUAAGCCCUUACGUAGCACUAUUCACUUGGGGUCCCGUGGACAACGGGCGCUCUGGAUUUCAGGACCAACCUGCCUUGCAGCUCACUAAAUUUCCAGUUGUAACGCUUGUUAUAGCUUUUCACUGGGACAGUUGGCUUUUGUAACUGCUGUAACCCAACAGCAGCCCCAUGUGUGUAGCAGCUCCCUCCCAUCCACUGGGGUGGGGCCCAAACCUCCCAGUCUGAAAGUGAGUUGGGCACUCAGUGUCUUGCACCAUCAGGGUUUCUGACCGCACUGAUUCUGCUUCCUCAUGAAAACCUAGAACAGCAUGCGAUGAAGAGCCCUCAAGUCAGUCCUACAGGCUUUCAAACCCCAGCCACAUAUCCAACCCUUUAAAAAGUGGUCGAUUUCUAUUGCUAUAGCACAGGCAGUACUUCCCUAUUAUAGCUGAAAGGCAAAACAGCUUCUGAGCUGCUUAGAAAUGAUCACUACUGGCUUAAGGUAAAUCUGAGCACUAUUCUCUGAGAAACACAGCUGGCAGAGGAUUAACAUCACCUCUCUCCGUAUGGCUGACCAUCCUAACUGU